CGGCGGAAUGAGGCGCGGAGCUGUUCCCCGCUCCAGGUGCUGAGUCCGAGGGAGGCUCCGGAUGCCAGAGCCGUGGCCGCUGCAGCCGUCACCGCCGCGAGAGCCGCCGCUGGGAAGCCCGGGUCCUGGGGAGCUGGGAGGCGCCGCGCGCGCUUCCCCGCGCUGAGCGCCCUCCUGAGCGCCGCCUGAGGUCCUAAUUGCCUGGACGGCUCUUCUCCAGGGACGAGGACACAAGGUCCCAAAGGCCCCUGCUCAGGUUCUCAACAGGUUUUGGUGUCCGAGCAUGGCCUCUUGAGGCAAACCAUGAAUAUCUGCAGGACACUCACCGCUGACUAUCCAGAGUCACACCUUGCCAGGAGGUGACCCAUCCUCCAUCUGCCCCCAGCUUGCCCACCCCUGCCUGGGAAAGAGCUGCAGCUGCCAGGGACAUCAUGUAGUAGGGCCGGCUGCGGCGCCCAGUGAGCUGCGAUGGUUUUGUACACGACCCCCUUUCCUAAUAGCUGUCUGUCUGCCCUCCACGCUGUGUCCUGGGCCCUCAUCUUCCCAUGUUACUGGCUGGUGGACCGGCUGGUGGCCUCCUUCAUACCGACCACCUACGAGAAGCGCCAGAGGGCAGAUGACCCUUGCUGCUUGCAGCUGUUCUGCACGGUACUCUUCACGCCAGUCUACUUGGCUCUGCUGGUGGCUGCAUUGCCUUUUGCCUUUCUUGGGUUCAUCUUCUGGUCUCCACUGCAGUCUGCCCGCCGGCCCUACUCCUACUCCCGCCUAGAGGACAAGAGCCCAGCUGGUGGGGCAGCCCUGCUCAGUGAAUGGAAGGGCACGGGGGGAGGCAAAAGCUUUUGCUUUGCUUCAGCCAAUGUCUGCCUCCUCCCCGACUCGCUCGCGAGGCUCAACAAUGUUUUCAACACCCAAGCACGGGCCAAAGAGAUUGGGCAGAGAAUCCGCAAUGGGGCCGCCCGGCCUCAGAUCAAAAUCUACAUUGAUUCUCCCACCAACACUUCCAUCAGCGCAGCCAGCUUCAGCAGCCUUGUGUCUCCGCAGGGCAAUGAUGGAGCCAGAGCUGUCCCUGGUAGCAUUAAGAGGACGGCCUCUGUGGAAUAUAAGGGGGAUGGUGGGCGUCACCCCAAUGACGAGGCUGCCAAUGGCCCAGCCUCUGGGGACCCGGCUGACGGCAGCCUUGAGGACAGCUGCAUUGUGCGAAUUGGUAGCGACGGAGGCCGGCCACUGGAAGCUGACGACCCAGCUACUGGGAGCCAAGCCAGGAAUGGGGCUGGCGGGGCCCCAAAGAGCCAGACGCCCAACCACAAUCAGCGAGAUGGGGAUUCUGGGAGCCUAGGCAGCCCCUCCGCCUCCAGGGAGUCCCUGGUGAAGGCCCGGGCAGGGCAAGAUGGCGGUGGCAGCGGAGAGCCGGGAGUCAACAGCAAGCUCUUGUAUAAGACGUCAGUGGUUAAGAAGGCAGCGGCCCGCAGAAGGCGGCACCCUGAUGAAGCCUUUGACCACGAGGUCUCGGCCUUCUUCCCGGCCAAUCUGGACUUCCUGUGCCUGCAGGAGGUGUUUGACAAGCGUGCAGCUGCUAAGUUGAAAGAGCAGCUACACGGCUACUUCGAGUACAUCCUGUAUGAUGUUGGGGUCUACGGCUGCCAUGGUUGCUGCAAUUUCAAGUGUCUCAACAGUGGUCUCUUCUUUGCCAGCCGCUACCCUGUCAUGGACGUGGCCUAUCACUGUUACCCCAAUGGGUGCAGCUUCGAUGCCCUAGCCUCUAAGGGAGCUCUGUUUCUCAAGGUGCAGGUGGGAAGCACACCUCUGGACCAAAGAAUUGUUGGGUACAUUGCCUGCACGCACCUGCAUGCCCCACCAGAGGACAGUGCCGUCCGGUGUGAGCAGCUGGACCUGCUUCAGGACUGGCUGGCUGAUUUCCGAAAAUCUACCUCCUCGUCCAGCACAGCCAACCCGGAGGAGCUGGUGGUGUUUGACAUCAUCUGUGGAGACCUGAACUUUGAUAACUGCUCUUCUGAUGACAAACUGGAGCAGCAGCACUCACUGUUUACUCGCUACAAGGACCCCUGCCGCCUGGGGCCCGGGGAGGAGAAGCCCUGGGCCAUUGGUACCUUGCUGGACAUAAACGGUCUCUAUGAUGAGGAUGUGUGUACCCCUGACAAUCUUCAAAAGGUCUUGGAGAGUGAGGAAGGCCGCAGGGAGUAUCUGGCCUUCCCUACCAGCAAGAGCCCAGGGGCUGGGCAGAAGGGGCGGAAGGACCUGUUGAAGGGCAAUGGCCGACGCAUCGACUACAUGCUGCAUGCUGAGGAGGGGCUGUGCCCUGACUGGAAGGCUGAGGUAGAAGAAUUCAGUUUUAUCACCCAGCUCUCUGGCCUGACCGACCACCUCCCUGUGGCUAUGCGGCUGAUGGUGUCUGCAGGGGAAGAGGAGGCAUAGACCAGCCAUGCCACUGGCAUCUCAAGAAGUGGGGCCUCUGCCAGCCCUUCAAGCCACAGCCAUGCUUGGGUUAUGUCCCCUCCAUUGUGCACCUAGUGCUGGGGGAAGGAGGGCAGGGGACAGGGAAGAGCCCGUCAGUCCCCUGGAAGCCUGGAAGCCAGGCUGCUCUGUGCCUCUGGGCCAUCUCUAAGAACAGAGGACUCAGGCCAGUCUGGGAGCCCCUGGCUGCCCAACCAGUGCCAUUCUUUCCAAUCACAAUUUUCUACAGAUUACACAGCACAACAUAGUUUGUAACCCGAGAGUUAGUAUGAGGACCGGGUUUAUGUACUCUUUGUAUUUCUUCUCAAGCUUUGUCCAGGGUUCAUUACUUUUGUCUGCUGCCAAUGUUGUCUCGCAUGCCUGCACCCUCGCACGCACGCUGCCCGCAUGCCAUGUGCCACACUGUAGCACCCAGACCCCUUGCUCGGGCCUCACCCAAGGCCAAACUCCAAACACAAUCAGAAACAGCCAAAGAAGUACUUCCUGGGCCCAGCUGCCAGCUCUCCACCUCCAGCUUGGUGGGGAUGUGAAGGCUGUCAUUACCGGUCAGCCCAGGGUUCUUCCCAGGGUCUUGCAUUCAAGGGCGAUUACAUUUUAAAAAGAAAACAGAAAAUGUUGAAAACAAAAUCACCCUUCACUUAGGGUCUGUAAGUCACUGGGUAGAACUGUGCUCUUCCCCAGCCCACACAGCAGGGUCCAGCUGGCUCUGGCCACCCCAGCAGCUCCUGUAGGGGACUGACAUGGCUGCGGGGCCGUAACAGGAAAUCCAAGAAGAGGGCAUCACUUUUUUUACACAAAGGGAACUCAGAACAUAAAGGGGGGAGGGUUGAUUUUUGAAAACGACAGGUUUGUAGUUUCUUCUAUUCAAGCCAACAAGUCUUCUUCUACAGGCCCUUUGGGCUCAACCUCUGCCUGAGGACUUCCCUCAUCCAUGUGUGGCUGAGCUCAGGAACCACUUGCCUGCCCCCAAGUUGGGCUGCAGCUCUGGCCUCUCAGGCCCACUCUCCCUCAAUAGCUACUCUACUCAAUGCCAUGUCUAGGAGGGUACCCUGGAUGAAGUGGCAGGAAGCCAAGAUGUAGAGAAUGGCUUCUUCAUCAGUUAAGUUCGGGUGGCCAGCCACCAGCCACUGCUUAUCAAGGUAGGAGUGAUUCCAGAUGCAUCCAGAAGCCACUCUUGCCACUGUGUGAGCAGAGCCAGCCCCACGCUCAGCAUAGCAAGGCUGCUAGAAGCCCACUGUUCUCCACCUGCUCCUGCUCAGGUGCCCUAGACAGCACUGACUGCCCACCUACCUUCAGGGACCAGAGGCUGAUCCCUGGCUACAAAGGGAAGAUACCUGUCUCAGGGUCCUGAGCUCCAAUUUGAGGGACUGUUUCCGACAACCCCACUGGUCUCUUCAAAGUGCCCUAUCUUGUAUCCAGCCUGGCUCAAGGCCAAUUCUGCCUGAUGAGGAUGGAGAAAGCAUCAGGUCCCUGCUGUUGGGACCUCUACAUGCUGGUGCCCUGAAGCUGUGCCUUGUCACCCAUUAAGUAGCAAAAGGGAUCAAGACGAGGGGCAUAUAUCCAACAAGAUACCAGGCCCUGUGCUGGGGGUGAUCCUUCAGAGCACAGGCAGCUUGGCAUUAGGGCGUGUAUAGCUGGUGACAUCCAUUUGUCCAAAUCUUUGGGCCUAGGGAGCCCCACCCCAUGCUCCAGUGUCCAGGGGCAGGGCAGCCCUGCUGGGUUCUCUGCUGUGCCCCUCUUCUGCCUGGGCCUGGCCUUCCGGCAAUCUGGGAAGGCCUCCUGGAAUCAAAGGUCCCAGCCCUGGAAAGAACCAGGAUUCUGCUCGUGCUGGGCACCACGGGCGGCCCAAUCCCUACACCAAUGGCACUGUGCACAGGAAAGUAGAUGAGGCCGAGGCCAGGGUCCCUAAACCUGAGCCAGGGUAACAUGUCUGGAGUCAGAGCCACAUGCUUCUCUCCUUCCCAACUCCCAGGGCUGCCUUAGGCAAGUUGUACCGCCCUGUGCCUCCGUCAUCUUGUUACAGACAGGUUCUGGAGUCCAGAGGAGGGACAGCCUGCCUUCCAGCUCCCCCACACAUCACUCAGCACUGAGGCCAUACCAUCUGCCACACAUUUCAUUGUGGUUUGCCUAUGGACUCAGGACUUGUGUACUGCCAGGCCUUUAUAGUCCAACUUCUGGAAAAGAGGCAUUGCCAGGAUUCCAGAUUCUGUGGCAGCGAAGGCCUAGACAGGGGCAAUCACAGGGAUCACUUGACUCCCAACUGCAGCUCUGCCUGCCUGGGACCCCUCAAGGGAAGCGCUAGGUAAGUGCGUUAGCUUAGGAAAGACCAUUCAUUCACCUUUAUUUGUCCAAACCAUCUGGAGUUUUAAGUAUGAAUAUUAACCUUGAUGCUUUUUAACUAUUGUAUUAACUUGCUCAGAUUUAGAAAUACUGUUUUAAAAGAAAAAGAAGAAAACUUUUUUAAUUUCUGUAUUGUAUCCUCAUGGGACAUUAGGGGUUUUAUAUGGUAAGAUACCUAAGGUUUUGGUAAAACAUUAUCAAAUAUAUAUCCAGACGACUCUUCCCUAGAAGAAAAACAAUCUUUAUGCCUGAUUUAAAAAAAAAAAAAAAAGAGGUGGAUUUUUCCUUUAUGGUGCUGAAAGGAAGGAUGGAGAAUGAAGAGAAAAUAAAACUGUGAGGCUCAAGGCUCA